GGGAGGGUGUCAGCCUGUCAGUAUCUGCAGGGUUAAGAUUAUAAAAGCAGCAGGUUACAGGGCUGAUCAGUUGUGGGGUCUGAGGGUAAAGAAAUGAAUUAGAAAGUUCUGAUGUUCCCCUGAGCACUUUCACCAAUUGUAUUCUCUGUUUUAUUUUGUUUUUUUAUUUGAAUAAACAUAAGUGUUUGGCAAGUCAGUGGCCUGACAAUGGGAAGGUCAGUUUGGGUAACGGAGAAUCAGAUAGGAACAGUCUAAAACUGCGAAUAUCUCUCAUUAAGCCACUUACUCUCCUACAGAGUAUAUUUGCCUCAAUGCAUUAUGGGGGUUAGAUUUCUUUUAAAGGGGCAGCUCACCUUCAAGUAAUCAGAUGCUUUUUUAACUGUGUUUUUUUUUACUGUCUGUAGGUUUCAGUGAUCGAGUAACUGCUAAUGGGAUGCAAUGAAGUGACUGUGUGUGGGGUGAUACCAUUUGUGCUGCUGUAACAUCUAUUUCUUGUUAUUAUUUUCUAUUUCUUUCUCACACUCACUUGGGCAAUACAGGCCAAAAGGGGUUAAUGUCCAGCUAGUGCUUCGAGUCACAUGUAACCCAUGCUCUAACACUUCAGGCCUUCGCUAAGUGGAACAUUUCAGGCCUGACAGUUGCACAAGGAGCAGCAGUGACAGUUGCUACAGGACUCCCAGUGUAGCCAUGAUAGACAUGGGCAGCCAUCAGGCCACCGAGCGGAUUGUAAGCCUCACGUUGGAGAUCCUGUCCCUGCUGACCGGAGAGGACUAUAUAGUGGUAAAGAAACAGAGUAAGGAAGGAACAGCCACCAGAAGACCGUCCACUCCAGAUGGACACGUCCGAUCCCAGAGUCACAAACCCAAUCCUCCGGUCGGCUCCUUGAGCCCCAAACGGAUCCCCAAAAGGAUGGAACUGGCUGCCCCAGAGGUUCUUCUAAGAUGUGACGACGCAGCAGUCUAUCUCUCCAUGGACGAGUGGGAAUAUUUAAAGGGACACAAGGAGCAUUACCAGGGUGCAGUGAUUGAGGAUUUUCAUCCCACCAGCUCAAUUGGUAUUAGGAAAAUACCUAUGAAAUUAGGGGGGGGUGCAGUUGCUGGAAAGAAUAAGGUCAGCGGCACAUCAGGGUGUGACAUUGUAAAACCUAUCCAACUGUGGAGUGAGAGAGACAAGGAAGCAAAGCUGGAACCGCAGGAGAAAAUAAUCCACCCAAAUACCUGUGUAGAUACAUCUGUUGUUGGUGAAAUUCAGGGCGAUGGACUCCAGGUUAACGCUUCCCGAGAACAUGUAAAUAUUGUUACUGUUAUGGAAAGGGAUCAGAAGGAGAACCUUGCUGAGUGCCAGUCACCCGAGAGAAACCAGGAGGACACUAAGAAGGAUCAAAGCCUAGAGGAAAGAAUACAUUUCACAGUCUCACCAAAAAGGCACCAAAUGAGAGAGCCUUUGCUUAUACCAAACCCCUGCAUCGAGAAAAUUCAAGAAAACCCAUGUGUAAAAAUCUAUGAAUUCAAGGAUGACAGCAUUAACUUUGAAUCUGAUGUUGAUUGUCUCCCAAGAACUGACAGUUAUGAGCUAAACAAGGGUUCUUCUGUGUCGGAGGAAAAUGGCCCUACAAUCUCAGCUCUUAGCCAACAAAGUGAUGCAAAAUGCCAGAAGGAGAGUGGGAAACACUACACCCAAACCAUAGGGCCAGACAAGGAGAAGCAGUUUGUGUGCUCCUUCUGUGGGAAAUGCUUCAGAACACACUCCUAUAUCACCCGGCACAUCCGGACUCACACCGGGGAGAAACCCUUUCAGUGCCCCGUGUGUAGCAAAUGGUUUUCGGAUAAAUCCGUCCUCGUCCGGCAUCACAAAAGCCACACGGGGCAGAAACCGUUUAUCUGUAGCUACUGUGAGAAAUGCUUCUCCCAAAGAGCCGGCCUUGUGGAGCACCUCAAUCUGCACACGGGGGAUAAACCCUACAUGUGCCCCGAGUGUGGCAAGUGCUUUAAAUACAGGACAUCUCUUAAAAGCCAUCGGAGGAUUCAUAGAGGGAAGAGCGUCUGUGCGUGAUGGAACUGAGCUCCGUAUUUCAGGCAGAUUUUAUUUUAGCAUCAUUUAUUGGAAAGAAGCAAAAUGAGCAGGCUCUCAGUCUAGCAAUUAUUUGCGAUAGGAUUGGAGAGAAAUUAAAGGUCAGAAAACGAAGCAAAGGUAUGAGUGCAAAGUUUAUCAGCUUAUCCUGAGAGCAGUGGGAAAGGUACAGGCCCUCGAAUCAUAUUCGACCACAGUUUCUGUAUCGACAUGCCAGACAUUAUGCCAUUAACACUGAUCACAUAUCUAACUAAACCCUGAUCAGAUAUUGGUUGGGAAAGCUACCAAUUUGGGCCAAUACAUUGGUUGUCAGCCUGUAUAUAUUCCACCCUACAGCAAACUCUUAAAGGAGAACUAAACCCUAAAAAUGAAUGUGGCUAAAAAUGUCCUAUUUUAUAUAGUGAACUUAUUGCA